CUACCUCUGGUUGCUGUGCGACAUAAGCCUCACUCAAGACGACGACAUUGCGCAGCAUGGCCGAAACAAUCUCGCCUGAUUACUUAGUGAUCGGGGCAGGUGCCAUGGGGCUCGCUUUCGUCGAUACCCUGAUCACGGACACAAAGGCCACUGUGGCUGUGGUUGACCGUUACGGUCGCCCGGGCGGCCAAUGGACGCUCGUUUACCCUUUUGUACGCCUGCACCAGCCGUCUGAGUUCUACGGCGUAAACUCUCGAGAACUUGGCGAGGGCAAGAUCGACGAGGUUGGGCCGAACAAGGGCAUGGCCGAGAUGGCCACCGGCGACGAGGUUCUUGCCUACUUCAGCAAGGUCAUGCACUCCACUCUGCUCCCGUCCGGCCGUGUCACGUAUUAUCCGAAGCACGAGUGGGUCGGCGAUGGGAAAUUCAAGUCGCUUAUCACCAACAAGACUAUCAGUGUUGGUUCUAACACCAAGAUUGUGGAUGCGACCUAUAUGAAGGUGGAGGUCCCUGCCAUGAAGCCGCCUCCCUAUGAGGUCGCGAGGGACGUCAGCCACAUCAAAAUCAACGAUCUAUCGAAGCUCUCACGACCCUACGGUGGAUACACUGUGGUCGGCUCUGGAAAGACCGGCAUUGAUGCCUGCCUGUGGCUUAUGGCCAACGGGGUCGACCCAAAGGACAUCACAUGGAUCAUGCCCAGCGAUGCAUGGUUAUUUGAUCGGAGCCGUUUGCAGAUUCACCCCGAAAUCGUCCACCAAACCGCAGCUAAGUGGUCCGAAGUCGAGGACGCGAUUCUAGAGUCCUCAUCGGUGGAUGACAUGUUCAAGCGCGUCGAGGCUGCCGGAGAGCUGUUGCGAAUCGAUGAGAAACGGUGGCCCACCGUGUGGAAGUGCUGUACUGUCUCCACCGCCGAGCUCGAACAGAUUAGAAGGAUUGAAAACAUUGUACGGAAAGGACGGGUCGCGCGCAUUGACACGGACAAGGUCACGCUGACAAAGGGCACUUACGAGCCCGUGUCAGACGCGAUCUACAUCGACUGCACUUCGAAUGCUGCGAAGAAGGUGGAGCAGGUGCCAGUUUUCAACGGCAACCACAUCACUCUUCAGCCAGUCCGCCGUUGUCAGCAACUGUUCAGCGCCGCUUUCAUCGCCCACGUCGAAGCCACUUAUGGAGAUGAAGAGGACAAGAACAAGCUUUGCCGCCCUAUUCAGGCCCCCAACGAGCCCCUAGACUACCUCAUUAGCGUCUACCAGAUGAAUCGAAACCACGCGCGAUGGGCUGCGGAGGAAAGGACAGGCACCUGGCUUCAGGGAGCACGUCUCGACAUGGUUCGCGGAAUUGUGCAAGCAAUCCCUGAGGACGUCAGAGCAGCUACGAUGGCUGAGAAGAUGAAGAAGACUGAACUUGUCACUGAGAAACUUCGGGAAUUACUCCGAACCAUUCCUGCGGAAGACCUCAAGAGAGUAGAGCCUCAGCUGGUGGGGUGGUAA